GCGGCCGGGCCAGAACGGCUUGUGUAACUUUGCAAACGUGCCAGAAAGUUUAAAAUCUCUCCUCCUUCCUUCACUCCAGACACUGCGCGCUCGCCGGGGCCGCCGCGCCGCUCCCCGUCGCCUUCCAGAAGGACUAGGAAAGAGGAGAGAGGCGAGUGCCACGUCCCAGCAGCCGCCCUUACUGGAGAAGGGUCUGCAGCCCACGCUUGGCACUACUUGGUGGGGACUGAGAUACCCGCGUUCUGCCCACCUCCUGGGUUGAAGAUUUCUCCCUCCCGCACGUGAUUUGAGCCCCGUUUUCCUUUUUUCCGAGCUACGUCCUCCCUGAGUGGGGACAAUCCGGCAAAGGGAGAGAUGCGCUUCGCCUGGACCGCGCUCCUGCUUGGGCCGCUGCAGCUCUGCGCGCUCGUGCGCUGCGCCCCGCCAGCCGCCGGCCAGCAGGAGCCCCCUCGCGAGUCGCCGGCGGCUCCGGGCGCCUGGCGCCAGAGGAUCCAGUGGGAGAACAACGGGCAGGUGUUCAGCCUGCUGAGCCUGGGCUCGCAGUACCAGCCGCAGCGCCGACGGGACCCGGGCGCCACCGCCCCGGGCGCUGCCAACGGCGCCGCCUCGCAGCCGCGCACGCCGUUCCUGGUCCUCCGCAGAAACCACACGGCGGGGGCGCGGGCGCGGACGGCCGGCUCGUCCGGAGCAGCCGCCGGCCGCCCCCGACCCGCCGCCCGCCACUGGUUCCAAGCUGGCUACUCGCCGUCCGGGGCCCGCGACGCCGAGGCUUCGCGCGCCGGUAACCAGACAGCGCCGGAAGACCGCCCGGCGCUCAGCAAUCUGCGGCCGCCCAGCCACGUGGACGGCAUGGUGGGCGACGACCCGUACAACCCCUACAAGUACUCCGACGACAACCCCUAUUACAACUACUACGACACGUACGAAAGGCCCCGGCCUGGGAGCAGGUACCGGCCCGGAUACGGCACUGGCUACUUCCAGUACGGUCUUCCGGACCUGGUGGCUGACCCCUACUACAUCCAGGCAUCCACCUACGUGCAGAAGAUGCCCAUGUACAACCUGAGAUGCGCUGCGGAGGAAAACUGCUUGGCCAGCUCAGCAUACAGGUCAGAUGUCAGAGAUUAUGAUCACAGGGUGCUGCUAAGAUUUCCCCAAAGAGUGAAAAACCAAGGGACAUCAGAUUUCUUACCAAGCCGACCAAGAUAUUCCUGGGAAUGGCACAGUUGUCACCAACAUUACCACAGCAUGGAUGAAUUCAGCCACUAUGACCUGCUUGAUGCCGGCACCCAGAGGAGAGUGGCUGAAGGCCACAAAGCAAGUUUCUGUCUUGAGGACACAUCCUGUGACUAUGGCUACCACAGGCGAUUUGCGUGUACUGCGCACACGCAGGGGUUGAGUCCUGGCUGCUAUGAUACCUAUAAUGCAGACAUAGACUGCCAAUGGAUCGAUAUUACAGAUGUAAAACCUGGAAACUACAUUCUAAAGGUCAGUGUGAAUCCCAGCUACCUGGUGCCCGAAUCGGAUUAUACCAACAAUGUUGUGCGCUGUGACAUUCGCUACACAGGACAUCAUGCGUAUGCCUCGGGUUGCACAAUUUCACCGUAUUAGAAAGCAAGCCAAAACUCCCAAUGGAUAAAUCAGUGCCUGGUGUUCUGAAGUGGGAAAAAAAUAGAUUAACUUCAGUAGGAUUUAUGUGUUUUGAAAGAGAGAAAAGAAAACAACAAAGGAAUUUUUGUUUGGACUGUUUUAUAACAAAGCACAUAACUGGAUUUUGGACAUUUAAAUCGGCAUUAUUUGGGAAAUCUUUAAGAGUAUUAUUCACAUUACUUUGUGAAUUAACACGUUUCAAUUCUGUAGUUGUACACUUGGCUCUUUCAAAGAAAUCCAUAUUUCUUAUGCUUCUUUUUAAAUUGUAGUGCAAAAGGGAAAAUAAUAUUUCAAUGAAUGAGCCAAAAUUACUUUGAACUGAGAAUUUUCUAAAGUGCUGAAACUUCAGUGAACCGUAAUAAUAAUUGGUUUAUAUAUGUCCUAGCAUAGAUUAAUUUUGAAAUGAGGCUCCUACUGUUUAAAUAGAUAUGGACACACUUGGUGCUGAGGAAGGAACAAACACAUUACCAUUGGUGUCAAGAAAUAGUACUAUAUAGCAGAGAAAUGGCAAUAUAUGUAUUCAGAUAGUUACAUCCCUAUAUAAAAUUUAUGUUUACAUUUUCAAAUUAUUAGAUAAACUCCUUUCUUUCUGUCAAGUGUACAAUUUCACUCUGACUUAAGUCACCUUUUGUUUUGGAAUGAAUUAAGUAAUUGAGCUGCCCAACUCCUGUCUGACAUUUGUUGAUGCUCCUCUCUACUCUUUAGUUUUCCUACGGGCAGAGACCUUUUAAGUGGCGUUCUUAAAAUUACCAUUCUGGGGACUGGUAUAUAUAGGACAACUGUGCCAAUUCUGAUGAUGUCAUUCAUCAGGAAGUCAUUCUGAUGAUAGAUGUGACACAUCCGGAGAUAAUAUGCAUUUAAUUAUAUUGAACUAGUAGCCAAAAGAAUUUCCCUGCUGACAUACAAAUCAUACAAACAAGUCCCCCAAACCACAACUGUCUCUCAAAUACUUAAAAAAAUUAACGAAAAACAUCUUGGGAUUUUCAACUUUUCACAUUUUUUAAUGUUCAGCUUUAAAAAGAAGAAUGCUAAAAAAUGUUAUAUUAUCCAGAAUAAAUGACAUAAUAUGUGUGGAUACAGGACUGUUAUCCUAGGUCAUCCAGGAAUCAGUCAUAACGUGUUUUUUGUGUGUGUUUUCCCGAAAUAUAAUCCAAAUUAGCAAAGCACAUAGCAUUACAUACUUGAGGGGUUGGCAAAUAAGGGAAAAAAAUACUUUCUGCAAAACCAAGGACUGUGCUGCGUAAUGAGACAGCUGUGAUUUCAUUUUAAACUGUGAAACCAUGUGCCACACCAGAAUUUGGAGAAUUUCUCUUUUUCCUAGAUUCAAAAGGUACAGAAAGAAAUCAAAUUACACUUUUAAGUUAGUGGUGCUUAAGCAGAAGUUUUCCUGCAUUAUCCAGUACUAAAAUCUCAAGCAAGGUGUUUCCAGUGCCAGGACAUGUUAGGUAGAAUUUUAAAGUGAGCUGGCAUCCCCGUAUUUUAUGUCGUAGAGUUGUAAAGUCAACACCAACUACUAAUAAUCGUUCUGCACUCACUAGUGCCUAGCACAGCAAGAAGGCCUAGAGAUGGACGGUCAUCAAGGGGUGGAGAGAGCGGGCCACGUGAUCCUCAUCUGCCAGGGCACACACUUACCAAUAGAGAAUACAGAGGGCUUGAUAGAGACCCAGAACUUUCAUUGAGCUAAUCUGAGCUCUGGAAAAGCUUCUUUGAUGUACCUCUUUGCCUUAAAUUGCUUUUUAGUUUUAAGAUAGUAGAAUGAUCCUUUCAAAUUGUAAUCUUAGAUUUCUAAUAGAGAUAUUUUAAUAUACUUGCUUUUUUAAAAAAAACAAAAACUACUGUCAGUAUUAAUACUGAGCCAGACUGGCGUCUACAGAUUUAAGAUCUAUCAUUUCAUUAAGAUUCUUACCCCCGUAAUUAAAAGCUAGCCAAUAUCAUGGCCCUUGGAUACAUAUGAGAAGACAUAUUUACUAUCAUUCAAUGGGUCUUCCAUCUGUCUGUCCAUUCAUCAUCAUCAUGUGGCCUAGUAUAUGCCAGGCACACACGUGCUAGGCAUUGGGAUAUAAAACAGACUGUCCCUAACCUCAAUAAGUAUUAAAAAUAUCAUUAUUACCAUUAGACUCAUCUUAUUUCAUUUUUAACAACUAUAAGUACAUCUAAAAAAUUUCUAUUUUAAGCACUAUUGUUUUUCAUGACCAUGUUUUAUUUUAAAAAAUAAGUUAAAAAUGAAUAGUUAUAUGCAUGUAUGUGUUACUAAUAAUUAAAACUAUGUUUCUAACCCCUGAAAUGUGUGCGUUUUAAAUAUAACACAUACUAUUUGAUUGAUUUUGAAAAAAAAAGGCAUUUCAGUUAGGAGGCUAAAGACGCCCACUUAUCCGUUAUAUAAACAUUCCUUCCCCGCCCCCCCAAACACUCCCAAAUGACUUACAAGUAUUGAUUUUACACUCAAUAUUUUUGAACCUCAAGGGAUCUCUUCUCUGAAGAACGAACAGAACUCACAGAUAAUGAUUAGCUGAUAAAAGUUGUCCAUUAAUAAAAUAAAAAAAUAUAAUCCUGUCUUACCAAACUCCAAAUAAAAAAAUUUAAAACAGGAAGUAGAAAUGCUGCAAAGAAUGUUCAGUACUGAAAAGAGAUUGGCUUUUAAACUAACAAAGACUGUGAAAAAAUGGGCUUAACAGGAAAAUAAUUUAGUGAGUGUUCCACAUGCCAUAUUAGUGGCCUCAUAAUUAUUCAGACUAUAGUCUGGGUUAAAGACAUCUUGACCUUUGGGACUGGGAUUCAGUCUCCCAACAGUACCAUAACAUAUGAAUCCACAAUUUGCUUAUGUCCAGGAACUCUUUAAGUUUUUACAUAAUAAUUUUAUUCACAAUCUGUCAUCUAAUUAUUCACUAGGCAUUAUUUAUAAUAAAAAUUUUUUUCUCCUUGAAACCUCAUAGUAUAAUCACACUCAUAAAUAGUCCCAAUAUACAGAUUCUAGAGGAAAUGCAGUCCACUAAAAUUAUUGUGGCUGAGAAUUCGUCUUUAGCAAAUUGUGUGAAAAUAUUGAAUUCUGGUCAGAAAAUAUUUUUAAAAAAAUAACUUGUUUUGACACUAACAGUAUAGCAACUAGUAAGCAAAAAUUACCCUUUUUCUAUAUUUUUUAUGUUUAGAAUUCAUAUUCACAAUCAAUAUAUUUAAUCAACAGCUAUAUUUCAUUCCAAGCCAUCAAAAGUCCUGAGCCACUUUUGAACACUUAACGCAUUUCAUUUAUCCUUCAAGCCAAAAUGGUGCUGAAUUAUAUCAACUUGAAUGUAAAAUGUGUUGUUUUAGCUCACAGGAUAUAAACAUUUAAUUACUAUAUAACUGCUUGCUAUGAACUAAGUGACUUGUGAUUUGGUAUUGUUUUUAAUGAAGUUUUAGUUUCUUCCAAAUAUUUCAGGAAUCCUAUUUGUAAAACAUUUAUAGCUUUUUUGAAGAGCUCUUAUUUUAAAUGCCCAGACACUGGCUUAUGUUCUUCUUUACACUCUCACAUUCUUUUAUUAUACGCCUAUAGUAUUAUUGCAAGAUUAUGUAAAAAUGCCUUGAAUAAAUGAUUUCAAGUGUC